CUAUGUUAUGUAUAUAUGUCCCCCGAGCUAUCAAAUUCUCCACACUUAGUUCAUAGCCAAUUCGUUAGAUUUAUGUUCGUCAUAAUGGACACCUUGUUCCUUGUGAAGGAAAUUUCUGCGUCAAUUUUGAUUUUCUUGGUGACCCUUUUGUCCAUUCGCACACUCUUCAAACGCCGUGGCCGGAAGCUGCCGCCGGGGCCAAGAGGGUGGCCUGUGGUGGGUGCACUUCCUCUUAUGGGAAGCAUGCCCCAUGUGACAUUGGCUAAUAUGGCAAAGAAAUAUGGAUCGGUUAUGUACCUAAAAAUGGGUAGUAACAACAUGGUUGUGGCUUCUACUCCUGCCGCUGCUCGUGCCUUCCUUAAAACCCUUGACCAAAACUUCUCCAAUCGGCCUCCAAAUGCUGGUGCAACCCACUUGGCUUAUGAUGCACAGGACAUGGUUUUUGCUGAAUAUGGAUCAAGGUGGAAAUUGCUGAGGAAACUAAGCAACCUGCACAUGCUUGGAGGAAAGGCUCUUGAUGAGUGGGGAAAGGUUCGAGAAGAAGAGAUGGGGCAGAUGCUGGGUAGCAUGUACGAGUGUAGCAAGAAGGGUGAAGCUGUGGUGGUGCCUGAGAUGCUCACCUACUCUAUGGCCAACAUGAUAGGCCAAGUCAUACUCAGUCGUCGAGUGUUCGAGACCAAGGGUUCUGACUCAAACCAGUUCAAGGACAUGGUGGUCGAGCUCAUGACUGUUGCAGGCUACUUCAACAUUGGCGAUUUCAUACCCUUCUUAGCCAAAUUGGACCUUCAAGGCAUUCAGCGUGGGAUGAAGCACUUGCACAACAAGUUUGAUGUCUUGCUCACAAACAUGAUUCAGGACCAUGUGGCUUCUAAGCAUAAGAGAACGAAUAAACCCGAUUUCUUGGACAUGGUCAUGGCUCAUUAUGGUGGUGAACACGACGCUCAUGGGGACAAACUCUCACUCAUCAACGUCAAGGCACUGCUACUCAACCUAUUCACAGCAGGAACUGACACGUCUUCAAGCAUCAUAGAGUGGUCCUUAGCAGAGAUGUUGAAGAACCCGAGCAUCAUGAAGAAGGCUCACGAGGAAAUGGACAAAGUGAUAGGUAGGGAGCGCCGCCUCAAAGAAUCCGACAUCGCAAACCUUCCCUACUUCCAAGCCAUAUGCAAAGAGACUUACAGAAAGCACCCUUCAACUCCUCUCAACCUCCCUCGAAUCUCCAACCAACCAUGCCAAGUUAACGGCUUCUACAUCCCCGAGAACACUCGCUUGAGCGUCAACAUCUGGGCCAUAGGGAGAGACCCCCAAGUGUGGGACAAACCCCUCGAGUUUAAGCCAGAGAGGUUCUUGAGUGGCAGGAACAAAAUGAUCGACCCACGUGGCAAUGACUUCGAGUUAAUACCCUUCGGCGCCGGGCGAAGGAUCUGCGCCGGCACCAGAAUGGGGAUUGUCUUAGUGCACUACAUUUUGGGAACCUUAGUUCAUUCCUUUGAUUGGAAGGUGCCACUUGAAGUGGGGGAAUUGAACAUGGAUGAGGCCUUUGGUCUUGCCUUGCAGAAAAAGGUUCCUCUUGCUGCUUUGGUUACUCCUAGGUUGACUCCUAAUGCUUACAUUCCUUAGAUUACCUUUCUUAUCAAGCUUUG